GCAACUAGUAUAUGAAAAGCCAAUUCGCUUUCCCCAAUCUCGAACAGCGAACCGCGCGUAUCUCUUCUCUUCCAGCACCAAGACAUUCAGACACUCCCACACUGUCACUCCAUAGUCCAUCCUCUUCCUCUUGUCAAUGUUGUCAUCCCUCCUUCUCCUUCUCCUUCUCCUUCUCCCAAUGCACUACCAUCUCUUCUCCUCCAUCUCUUCUUCUUCUCAUCUUCUUUCUUGUCUUUUCUAAUGGCCCUCUUCUCCGACUCCCCUCCUUUCCCCUUCCCUCCUCCUCCUCCUCCUACUAAUACUCCUCCCAACCCUCUUCUCAACCUUCUCUUUCUUGACAACCAUCAUCAUUCUCUUCCUUCUUCUUCUUCUUCAAUGGCUCGCAAGCGUCCAGCUUCCGACCUUGACCUCCAUGAUACUCCUCGUCCAACUCGUCCUCGUCUUCCUGACCCUCUCCCACCUCCUCCUCCUCCACCACCUCCUCAAGUUUGUGGCUUUUCCGGCCUCCCUCUCUUCCCUUCCGACCUAGACUCUACAACCACUUCCACUCCUUUCCCAUCCCUUCCUCCACCUUCUCAAGACGACUCCCCUCCAAGCUCCACCAUCUGGAUCGACACCUUCAUUCGCGACCUUCUCGGCAGCUCCGCCGCCGCCGACGUCUCCAUCCCUCAACUCAUCCAAAACGUCCGUGACAUCGUCCAUCCUUGCAACCCAUCUCUCGCUUCCGCUCUCGAACUCCGUCUUCUCUCUCUUUCCUCCCCUCUUCGUCCUCGUUCCGACCUCCCUUCCUCUUCCUCCCCUGCUCCUCCUCCUCCUCCCCCACCACCUCGCCCUUCCGACGAUCAACCUCCAACUCUCCCCCCUAAAGACCACCACCGCGAAGAACUCCGUCAACGCAAACGCGACGAAGAAGGCCUUCACAUCCUCACUCUUCUUCUCCAAUGCGCUGAAGCCGUCGCCGCUGAUAAUCUCGAAGAAGCCAACCGUCUUCUUCUUGAAAUCUCCGAACUCGCCACUCCAUUCGGUACUUCCGCUCAACGCGUCGCCGCCUACUUCUCCGAAGCCAUGUCCGCUCGUCUCGUCAGCUCUUGCCUCGGCAUCUACGCUCCUUUACCACCUUCUCUCGCUCCAUUCCAGCGCCACCGUCUCGCCUCCGCCUUCCAACUCUUCAACGGCAUCAGCCCUUUCGUCAAGUUCUCCCAUUUCACCGCCAACCAAGCCAUUCAAGAAGCCUUCGAACGUGAAGACCGUGUGCACAUCAUCGAUCUCGACAUCAUGCAAGGUCUUCAAUGGCCGGCUCUUUUCAACAUCCUCGCUACACGUCCCGGCGGUCCACCCCGUGUUCGUCUCACCGGUCUCGGCUCUUCUCUCGACUCCCUCGAAGCCACGGGGAAAUGCCUUUCUGACUUUGCCGAUAGUCUCGGCCUCUCCUUCGAGUUCCACGCCGUUGCCGACAAAGUCGGCAACUUAGACCCUGACCGUCUCGGCGUUAGCCGCCGGGAAGCCGUCGCCGUUCACUGGCUUCAUCAUUCUCUUUAUGAUGUCACCGGUUCUGACACCAACACGCUUUGGCUUCUCCAAAGGUUAGCACCAAAGGUAGUGACAAUGGUGGAACAAGAUCUAAGUCAAGCAGGGCCAUUCCUGGCGAGGUUCGUAGAAGCUAUCCACUAUUACUCGGCGUUGUUUGACUCACUAGGAGCGAGUUAUGGUGAAGAUAGCCAUGAACGGCAUGUGGUUGAGCAGCAGGUACUUUCCCGGGAGAUUAGGAACGUGUUGGCAGUGGGUGGGCCGGCACGGACCGGUGAAGUUAAGUUUGGGAACUGGCGGGAGAAGUUGAGCCAAUCUGGGUUCCGUGGUGUGUCUUUAGCUGGGAACGCGGCUGUUCAGGCUAACCUUUUAUUGGGUAUGUUCCCUUGUGAAGGGUAUACCCUUGUUGAAGAGAAUGGUACGUUGAAGCUUGGUUGGAAGGACCUUUGUUUGCUCACAGCUUCAGCAUGGCGUCCAAUAAGUCACAGUAACAAUAAUACUGGGAUUCUGGGAAUGAAUCGUUAGUUAAGCUUCUUUGUUUGUGUUUAUUUUUGGGGUUUUAUUAUAAAAGAGAAGUGAUAUUUUUGGUUGGUAUAUGUGGUCCUUGGAAUGGGUAAUGGGAAUGGAAUGUGUUUGGGUUGGUGAAAGGAGGAGGGAAAGAAGGAAAAGGGUUAAUAAGGGAGAAGGGGUAGUGGGUUUUAUUAGAGGGGGG